AUGCACUCAGUUUUGUCAACAGUGAAUCAGGACAUAAUUGCUGCAAUGAGCAGCCGUCAAAUGUCCCCUAAAAUGGUGAAAUUUGCCACAAAUAUGAUGGAACAGCUGUCUCCUGAAGACAUGGAGAGAAUGAUGAAUUUGGCCAAUGCAAGCUUCAGAUCUGGAGUUCGGACACUUGGUACUAAUAUACCUAGCAUGGAAGACUUUAGUCCCGAAAUGAAGGAACACAUGAGGAAGCAGAUGAAGGACCCAGCAAUGAAGCAGGUGAUGGCUGAAAUGACACCUGAAAUGAUGACCAGCAUGAGUGAGCAACUUGGCAUGAAACUUAGUCACAAGCCCAGCAAGCCAGUUUGA